AUUUGAAAAACGUUUGGUACAAUAAACGGGCCGAUAAAUUUUGACCCAAAAUCACACUGGAAAAGCCUACUUUCGAUUUGCAUGCAUUUUAUCAAAGGUGUCUGAAAAAGACUAAUAUGGAAUUUAUUUGGAAAAUCCUUGUAUAAUCAACUCUACACAGUCAUGGAGGGAAUGGUACUUGAGAUAAAGGAAAAGGUGGAGGAGAUGGAAAAUUUCUUAUCAUCGUUGAAGAAACGUUUUGAUAAACUAUUUGACGAAUCUGGUUGCCAAGGAGAUCUUUGUAGCUGCAUUACGUUUUACAAAGGGACAGAAUCACAAAUGAAGGAUUUGUUCCGACAAAUGAAAGGAAUUAACAAUAGAUUAUCAGAAAAGGAUCUUGAAGACAAAGCUCGAGAUAGAAAAUUAGAACAAUUAAGUAAAGAAAUUGCAAAUAUGCGCACCGCAGACACCGCUACUUCUUCUAAAACAGUCAUUCCUAAAAUAGACAGUCGAAAAGAAAAAGCAGAUAUAGAACCAAGAAACAAAGCGCCAAAUGUAACUAAUAGGUCACGUCAAACUAAUGAAAGAAAUGAUGGAAACAGAUCAGGUGAAAGAAAAGGCAGUAGCUCAGAAAGGCGACGAUCAGAUUCGCGCGGUAACCAUGACAAAAGUUUCGACAGUGAUAAUGAGCAGAAUGAUACAAAUAAAAGACUUGAACUACGACCAGAGUCUCGUGGUGAAAAACGUGAACAGCAUAAACAGAAUCCUGGGUCCAGAAACAGGAACUCUUAUACACAAUCUGCUAAUCUUCAAUUACCAAGGGAUGAAGAGCCAAAUCGUGACAAUAUACAGAAGCCAAACUUUAAACAUUCGACGGAAGUUGCUUUGAGGCAGCCGAGUUCUUCUGCUACUGCGUCUGCUUUAGAACAAGCACGUGGCGGUCUUCCAGUGGUUGAAAGACAAAAAGAAAAAGAGUAUUAUCUAUCUCCUGAUGUUUGGGAAGUAGAGGCUAAAGGAGAACUAAUUGCAUCACAAAAGACACCAUUACGUAAACUUGAAAAAGUGACAACAAUACUUUUGAUUGACACGUCAGAAAGUAUGGCAGCUGGUGACACGUGGCGUCAAGUGACGACAUUUGUGAACGAUUACGUUGAUGGGCUAGAAGAGAUGUAUACAAAACACAAAACUGAUGAACAUUUAGCAUUAGUGACCUUUGGAGCACAAACACGAUGUCACCAACGCUAUACGAACGACUUUAGUUUAAUACGAUCAGCAUUUAACAAGUUACAACUUGGAGGACCUAGCCCUUUACACGGAGGGUUAAUGAUGGCAGAUGCUGUGUCUCUUACAUGCGAAAGUAAGUCAUUUACUUAGUGGUUGUUUUUAUUAACAAAUCUUUACGCGCA